AUGAAAUAUCCGUACUUAAUAUUCCUAUGUGUUGUAUUGUCUAUAGCUACGGCUACUACCACUGAAUCAACAACGCCAUUAAGAGUCGCGAUAUGGAAACGAGACAAUCCAAAAUGUCAUGAAAUCCAUCAAACCCCAACACAGCAACAAUGUCAAUUCAGUAAAACCAACUGUAUAGAACCAGAAGGCAUAAUCAACUAUUUCACCUCCUACUACUGCACAUUCAACUUCCUCCAUUCAUUCGCCAUAAUCCCAAUCUCAGUCUGCCUAAUCAUCUGUUUUGUUUCCCUAGGUAUAACCGCUUCAGAAUAUCUUUGUCCUAACUUAUACACCAUAUCAAAAUUCCUAAAACUUUCAGACAAUCUAGCUGGUCUCACAUUAUUAGCAUUCGGAAAUGGAGCUCCGGAUGUUUUGAGUACCUUUCAUGCCAUAAAUAUGGAUUCCAGUGGGCUUGCAAUUGCAGAAUUGUUAGGGGCGUCAUUAUUCAUAGUCACGGUUGUGAUUGGAUCAAUUGCGGUUGUGAAUCCAUUUGAAGUACCUCAGAAUUUGUUUAUUAGAGAUAUUGUGAUGUAUUUGUCUGUGAUUUUGAUUGUGAUUGUCUCGAUGAUGAUUUGGGGGUCAUUACUGAUUUUUGUAUGUUUGAUAUUGGUAUUGAUAUAUAUUUUAUAUGUUGGGUUGGCUGUAUAUAGUCAUUCUGCCAAAAAGAGAAGAAUCUUACAAUUAUUGAGAGAUCAAAGAUCAAGAGCUCAUUUUGGUGGGGAUGCUGGUGUUGGUCCACGGACUCAGGAUAUUGAUGAAGUAUAUCUUGACAAUUUUGCCACUUUGCCAACAAUUGAUGAAUUGAAUUUAGUCCUGCGUGAUUAUAAUGACACUGAGUCCUUGAAUAUGAAUGAAUAUGAUACGUUUUUGAGUUUAUCCCAAGAUGCAUCAACUCAGGGUAUGGUACUGGCAUCUACUGGUUCAUAUGGGCUUAAAAUGUUAUUAAGAGGUUUGGCAAAACAUUCAAAUAUAGGUGGUGGAUCGAUUCAAAUUUCUACUGAAAGACAAUUGAGCGCUCCAGCAUCAGAAAACAAUGUUGUGCCAACCGCUCUGAAUGAAUCAUUUGUCAAUGAUGGGUUGUUUGAGAAAAGAUGUAACAAAUUCCUUGAAUUAAUCUGUCCCCAACUUGUAGGAUUCAACGAGUCCUCACUCGUGGUCAAACUAUUCAUGAUAUUAUCAUUCCCAAUAAUGACUAUCCUCCCGAUCUCCGAGAUCUAUAACCUAAGUGAUGACAUUUUGGGCAUGACCGUAUUUGCCCUCGGGAAUUCAGUGGGGGAUUUUAUUUCGAAUUUAACGAUUGCGAGGAUGGGAAUGCCGAUGAUGGCGUUUGCGGCCUGUUUUGGUGGGCCGUUGUUGGCGCUUUGUUCAUUAGGGUUUAGUGGGUUAGUUAUUAUUCCGAAGAAGACGAACGAGUUGGUGGGGGGAUAUCCUUUGGAAAUGAGUAGGACUUUGGGGAUUGUCUGUUUUGGGUUGGUUGCGAAUUUGGGGUUGUUGAUAUAUGUUAUUCCGAGGAAUGGUUGGGUGUUGGAUAAGAGGAUUGGGACUUUGUUGAUAUGUAAUUGGUUCAUAGCUACUUCUUUGUGUAUACUAAGUGAAGUGCUUUAG